AUGACGAAGUUUUCAAUCCUGGAUUUAUGCCCGGAUCUUGUUGAAGAAUCCUCAUCUACACCAUCUACGACUGUAAACCAUGAUGAAGAUGAUCUCACUGAUGAAGGGAUCGAAGAGGGACCGUCAGAAAGUGGGGACAACAGUAAAGUGGGAACUAUUUCUAGAGCUCGGCAGUUAAUCAGUGUUAGUACAUUUCAAUUUCAGGAUUAUUCAAAGUCUCCAGAGGCUACAACAGAGGAUGCUGAGAAGAAAUCCGGUCCCAAUGACAAGCCUCCAUUUUCGUACAACGCACUAAUUAUGAUGGCAAUAAAGAACAGCAGAGAAAAAAGGCUCACUCUCUCUGGAAUUUACGACUAUAUCAUGACAAACUACCCAUUUUAUCGCGACAACAAACAAGGCUGGCAAAACUCAAUACGUCACAAUCUUUCACUCAAUAAAUGUUUCGUAAAAGUACCGCGAAGCUUUGACGACCCAGGAAAAGGAAACUACUGGAUGCUUGAUGCGUCAUGCGAAGAUGAGGUGUUCAUUGGUGGCGCUACUGGAAAGCUGCGACGACGUCCAUCGACAGUGAGCCGGGCCAGAAUGGAUGCCUUCAAGCAGUACGGAGCCGCAGCAGCAGCACUUUUACCUCCUUACAGCUCUGUCACUUUCCCUCGUCCACCGCAUCCAUUUUCACCUCGUCCACUGCUGCCGCUGCCGACGUUUUAUGCACAUACAGAUCUCAUGCACCUCUAUCUAACCCAACAACAACAGCAACAGCACCACCAACAAAAAAUGUUGAAGAAAUUUUAG